AUGAAUUAAAAAGAGAUAGCCAAAGAAGUCUUAGCUGUUUCUUUACAUAUUGCUGAUGCUGAUAAAUUUAAUUUAGAAGAUUCUAAAAAGAGAAUGUAAUUGUUAACAGAAUCUGUAUUAAAAACAAGUAUUAUUUAAUUUGAUUAUGACAUAGAUCUAUUGAGAUAAAAACCUAAUAAAAAUAGCAAUCAGACAGUUGAUUUAGAGUUUUAAUAAAUUGAUAAUUUAAAAGACCUACUGCCUCAUUUGGCAGAAUGCAGCAAUUUACGUGAAGUAUUAUGAUAAUGCAUCAAUCAAGUUAAUAUUGCAUGGUAAUCGUUUACAUACCUUACCUGAAGAUCUAUCUACAUUGAGCACUGUUGAAACUUUAGAUAUUUCCAAUAAUCUUUUUGAUGAGGUAAUUACUUUAUACAAUUUAUAGAUUAUUCCUAUUGUCAAUGCUUUGAAAACUAUGCCUAAAUUAAUUCAUCUUCAUAUUGGAUUAAGGAAUAUCAAUGAAGAAAAAUAUGUAAUCCAAUAAUUACCCAAUCUUAUUACAUUAAAUAAUAGAAGACUCAAAUUCUUUGAUCAAUUAGAUAGUGAUAGACCAUCUGAAAGAUAAUCAGCUCGAUCUGAAAAAUCAUAAUAAAGUGAAGUCACUUUCAAUUAAGAAGACAUAGAAAAUGUGGAAGUACUUUAUUAUCUAAUUAAGUUAAAAGAACCUAUUUAAUCAAAUUUGUAAUAUAGAAAAUAAUGAAAACCAAUCAAAAACAAACUCUUCUUAAAUGGCUGAUCAUAUUAAGGAUGUUAUGAUAGAUUUUCAAACCAAAGUUGAAUAAACUCAUUCCAAACAUUUUCUUGAUACUCAUAUACUUAAAGUAACCAUUAUUAUUCUAAUUAGGCUAAAUAUGAUUUAUAUGAAAUCUGCUUUAGAGAAUUGAUAGAAUAUUUUAGAAAUAAUUAAAAUAAACUUGAAUAAGUCUUAAGAACAUUAUAAUAAGAACACUCCAAUAUUUUCAAUGAUUUAACUAAUAUCAUUUACAAUCUUAGAGAUUAUAAAAAAAUAUCAAAAGAAAAUUAAGAACUUGAUAAAUUUAUUUUCAAUAGUGAUAUAGUCAAAUCUUUAAAUAAAGAAAUUCAACUCUUUAAAGAAGAACAUGAUAGAUUAUUAGCAGAAAAAAAUAAAAUUCUUCAAUAAAAAGAGUAAUUAUAUGAAUUACUUCAUCCUUUACAACAGUAAAUAAAAACUUUAUAAGGAACUGUUUAAAGUUUAGAAUAAGAAAAGGAAAAUCUGAAUAAUAUCGUUUCUUAACUAGAGUAUUAAUUUGCUUAAUAAUAAUAAAUUUAGAAAUCUCAGAGAGAUAGCUCUAAAUAAAUUGAAUCAUAAAAUUAAUCUUUUUAAGACAUUCAAUCUUUUUCUAAUUUAUAAACUCAAUAAGUAGUAAUGCUUGUUAAAGGAACUUAAACAGAUAAUUUAAUAUUAUUUGAAAAAGAAAGUCAAACAAAUGAAUAAGAAGAUAAUAUAAUGUUUACUAAAUCUAUUAAUGUGCCAUCAUUUCAAUAAGAACUUGAAGAUUUAUAAUCUUAAAAUGAAUUACUUUAAUAAGAAAAUAAAAAAUAUUUAGAAAUGAUUAUUAGAAGAUCGAAAGUUGAAAGAUCUUCUAACACUAUCUCUGAAAUCAGCUACAAAUAAACUGAAAGCCCAAGUAUGAUUGAAAAAAAGAGAUUAAAAAAUUUAUCAGAAUUUCACCUUCUGGUAUAACCCUAAUCAUUUAGACCUUUAACCUUAAAAUAACUUAAAGAAAUAAUUUAGGAUAUUUAUGAGAGUAAAUCUAAACAUGAUAUCCGAUAAACUGAAAACAAAUUGCCUUUAGAGACUAUUGAAUAACAUAUGUACACAUACUUAUACUGUAAAUAUGGAUUAAAAGUAUUUUCAUUUAUUAUAAGUAGAAUUUAGCUUUAGAAUGGGUUGCUUGCAUUAUUAAUGCUAUCUAAAAAUAUGCUAAUGAAGAUAAUGAUGUUAGUGUAUUUGCUUUAAUUCUUAAAAAUAAUUUAGAUGAAGAUUUUAGAUUAUUGUAAUCUUAACGCAAAGAAAAAAUUGAGCAUAUUAUCUAAGUAAUUAUUUGAUUGUAUUUUUAGUCAAUAUUGUAAACUAAGUACAAAACUAAACCUAUAGCAGAAAUUAAAGAAAUGGUGAGAUAAAAAGUAGCAGGAUAAAUAACACAACAGGAGGCUAUCACUAUUUUGAAUAGUUUCUUUGUUCAAAAAGAUAAAGAAAUUCUACUUAGUUAAUUAAAGAAUCUUUAAAUUAAUGCUACAACUAGUGUAAGUCCAAUUAAAACAGGAAAUCAAAAUGAAUAGUAGAGAGGAUCUAGUACUUAAAAAGAACCUAUUAAAUAUGACUAUUCAGUCUUUAUCAGACUUCUACUUGAAUACUUUAUGAGUCAAUAUAAAUAAUACUUAGCUAAUUUUUGUGUCGUAUUUAAAUCAGUUGAUCAUGAUAAAGAUGGAGUACUGAAUCAAGUAUUUAUUUGUUUACAUUACUUUUAGCAAUAAUUUUUAAAAUUGACUGAAAGCAUUAAACCAAAUCUGAAUAAAGAGGAAUGCUCUUAAAUUUAUGAAAUUUUAGAUCCAUUUUUAAAUGAUAGAAUUACAUUUUCAUAAAUUGUUAGAGUGUUUAAAAAUACUUAAUUGUAAAAUAAUAAUGGUGAUCUAAUAUAGUAAAUAUCUAUAGUUUGA